AUGUCCAUCGACGGCAUCCCCUGGCAGCCCGGCUUGUGGAAGCAAGCACCAUGGAGAACCAUCGCCUCGCUCGCCGCGUGGACGGUGACCUGCGGGAUGAUUGCGCUGGUCCUCGCCAUGUCCGAGGACAAAGAGACGAAUCACUGGCCGACGCACAACAAAUACUUCACCGUCCCGGUACUCCUGUCUCUUAUGGGCGCCGUUGCGGUGCUGUUCCUGUCCGUGGCCAAUGCCGAGGGCUUUGCUAUCUCGUGGUGGCUCAAGGCGCUCAAGGGCACCAAGAUCAAGGAGCUACACUACGAUCUCGAGAUUACCAGCAACGUACUCAUUGGCUUCUCCCGACCGAAGCUGUUCAACUGGGUGGCCAUAUCGGCUCUCAUCUCGAUAAUAGUGGGCAUCGCCGUCGGUGCUGUUUUGCAGAAGGCCUCGGAGACGGUCACCAAAACGAUUGGGCCCUACACUGAUAUAGUCAACGUGCCCAUCCUCAACACGACUCUGCCGUCCAACUUCAGCGGCUGGGCCGGCAGCGGCACUGAGACGUCGUUGCUGAUGCCCACCUUUGCCGAAGUGUACCGGCAAUACUCCAACCGCAGCGUCAUCACGAUGCCAUCGAGCUGUGUCAACCAGACCUGCUGGCUUCGCAUGCCUGGGCCCGGCUUCGAUAUCUCCUGUACGGAUAGCGUUGUCGACUACGACUUUACAAAAAUGGCGGCUGCCAGAGGCGACAAGAUCACGACGUUCCGAACGAGUGUCGACUGGGAACCGUCGCAAGGCGUGGAGUUUCUCAACCACAUGAAUUUCUCGGUCCUAUACAAGCCUACCAAUGCAUGCACUGGACAGAUGAUACAGCACAACUGCACGCUGCGCGCCGCUGCUGUCAACUAUGACCUCACCAUCACCAACGGCAGCAUCACGCUGGAUCCCUGUGACAUGUCCACGAACACGACCAUCAGUAUCACCCAAUUUGACGACUGGCAGCAGCUGGGUUCGGGCAGUGUCGGCGCAGGAGGAUUCUUGACCAUGUUCGGAGGAAUCGCCUCCGUCCUGCAGGCGCAGUAUAACUCGAAUACGACACUCAGGAUCGCCGUCAUGACGAAUACUCCCUACAUUGUCUCUGCGACUGGACAGGCGGCGAGCACGUUUCUGACCUCGGAUAUUGGAGACUAUGGCAACUGCUCCAUGACGUGGUCUGACCCCCGAGAAGACAUGAUCAACAACGUCCGCGAGCUCAUGUUCCGCAGCGCCCUCGCCGUUGCGAACCAGACUGGUGCCCCUCCGAUUCGGUUCAAGCAGACAGAUUCCCUUAUCACGAGAGUCGGUAUAGUGUAUGCUGCCCAUUGGAAGUUCUUUGCCAUUGCAGUUGGAUGCAUGGCACUGCAGGUGCUGUUUAUUCUCUGGCUCAUAUGGGGCUGGCAGAAGCUGGGCAGACAUGUCUCGCUGGAUCCGUUCGAGAUUGCAAAGGCCAUGGGAGCGCCGCUUCUGAAUCAGGGAUCCUCGAACAGUUCGGCGGACCAAAUAUUGGACCUCCUCGGUGGUAGAAGGGUCAAGUAUGGGGAGUUGGUGGACGGAGAGCCAAAGAUCUCGGGAGAGCCCAUGUUCCCUCGGAAUGGUUAUAGCGAGGUCAAUAGUAGCGAUCCUGAUGCUGCUGGGCCAGGAUAUCUGGCGGGCCAGGGUACGGAUUUGAGCAGGGCAUCCAGAAAGACGUUGGCCCUUGACGUGGUGGAGAGAGUCCAGGAAGUGAGGCCGGGUGUUCAUUAUUGA